AUGAAGCAAGCGGACGAUACAAUGAUCCCAAAUCGAUCGUCGACCCACUUUUACGAUGAAGACGAAGACGACGAUGAUGAGGAGGAUGACUUGGAGGAGCUUCAAGUUCUGCAGCCCUCCGCGAGACAGGAACUCAGACGAGCCGAUCGCUUAUCGGUGCGUUUGCUGGCAAUUCCGGACGAAGAUGAGGACGAGCACGAUCGCGUUUUGCGAAAGUCACUGCGCCUACUGGACAACGAUCUAAACGGCUCAUCUGGCUUGUUCGACGACGAAAGCAAUGGCGCUGUGAUACGUCAAAAUUCGGGCGACAUCAAUUUAGGAGGAGGACUGGUCCGUCGGAGCUCACGGGCUUCUCUACGCUUGUCCGCACGCCCCGGUGAAGACGGCAAAACUGCAGGGCAACGCGUGUGCACGAUGGUUGGUGUUGCCGUAGCAGCGGUUGUUUUGCUUUUAGGAAUCGCCGGAUUCAUUGGUGUUACGGUCGUUGGCCCACCCAAUCAACCAGUCGGACCGUACCAGUUGGUAGAACGACAGGAAGGAAACGAUUUCUUCCAGUUCUAUGACUUUUACGAAGGCCGAGACUCGGCCGGAUCUAACGGGUUUUUGAAUUACGUAUCGUACGAUAAGGCAACCUUGCGGGAAAUCGUCAAUGUCACCUACGAAGAUGACGUUCUGGAUAUAUACGCACAGCAACGCAGCACACCGGAAGUCGGUUCGAAUGAAGCGCAGACCAAACAAGAACCAUUUAUUUACAUGGGAUCGGCUCCAACGCCAGCUGGUCCGCGAGAUUCUAUUCGCUUGGAAGGUAAUCGCCGCUUCAAUAGGGGCUUGUUCAUCAUUGAUAUUCGCCACAUGCCCGUGGGAUGCGGAGUCUGGCCCGCCUUUUGGCUCACGGACGAGGCCAAUUGGCCAGUCAACGGAGAAAUCGAUAUUGUAGAAGGCGUAAAUUACCAGUCCGUGGCGAAGACAGCCUUACAUACUACAAAAACAUGCAUUAUGGACGACAUUCCACUUGGUACGAUGACAGGAGGAUGGGAUUCAGCCCAAGGUAUCCCAAAUGCCAAAACCGGUAUCCCAGAUAUGACAAUGCGAGAAGCACGCAAUUGCUUCGUGUACGAUCCCCAUCAGUGGCUGAAUCAAGGGUGUGUUGCAGUGGAUACGGAAGGAGGUUCGUUAGGAGUUCCGCUUAAUGCUAAAGGAGGCGGUGUCUUUGCGUUGGAAUGGGACCCCAUCAACCGACACAUUCGUACCUGGGUAUUCUCUCCGCAUUUAAAUGUACCUGAUAAUCUCGUCGAUUCUAUUCGAACGGCAAGUUUACCCGACUCAGAACGCAUCGUGCCCGAUCCAGAUGUUUGGCCGCUUCCGUACGGCUUUUUUGCAAUUGGUGAAGGUACCAACUGCCCGGCAUACCAUUUUCGGCAUAUGCGACUUGUAUUUAAUACGGCGUUUUGCGGCAGUGUGGCAGGAAACCGGUUCCACAUUGAUUGCAAAAAGCAAGUCGCGGCCAACUUUAGUACCUGCACUGAUUGGAUCAAAAGCGAGCCAGAAGAAUUGCAGGAAGCUUAUUGGAAAAUUCGCGGGGUGUAUGUUUACGAACGUGCGUGGGAGCGAACAUGGAGUGUUUAG